UAUAUGCGCUACAAACUCAGCCAGCCUCGCACCAUCGUCAAGAUCACCACCGGGCAGGAGAAGCGCAAGAAGAUUCUCACCCAGUUCAUGAACGACUUGGUGGCCAUGGGCAAGCGUCGAGUGCACAAGACUGGCAAGCGUCGGUGCGAAGCGCAGACUCUCGUUCCGAUACUGCUGGAGGACUUUCUA